AUGGAGUCUUCCUCAGUCCACUGUCUACGUUACCUAAUACAUCCAGAGUGCCCUCCCAUCCACAGGUUUGGAUGGGGUAUAGUGUUCCUGCUCACUGUGGUAGGUGCUGUUAUCUCGAUAACCGGUUCCUACUUCUCCUUCGUAGAGUCUCCAGUGGUGAUGACAGUAGACACAAGUUCCUAUCACAUGUCCAACAUCCCUUUCCCAGCUGUUACUGUGUGCAAUGUCAACAAGAUGAAGCGGUCCAGUGUGCUCCAGCUGGCGAGGAUCAUCUCGGAAUGCGGUGAGAUGACGCCUCAGGAAGUGUUUGACUCCAUGGGAACUCUGGGUAACUUGUUUGACAACCAAUACAAUCGCAGAACUGACACCCGAUGGAUGCACAAGCUACUGGUAGACGCUGGCAUGGAGGACCAAGUCAGGGCUAUAUUGGAGGAGCUGGCUCCCAGCUGUGAUGAGAUGCUGAAGGCUUGUUCCUGGAUGGGUGCGAGUGUUCCCUGCUCCUCUUACUUCACUCCGUUACUCACAGUGGAAAAUGGCUUCUGUUGCGUCUUCAACUUCAACAUGAGUUUUGAAAACUUACUACCAGAGUACUUUAACGACACUGAAGAGAUUAACAACGAGCCUCCGAUCACACACCAUAUGACUCUUGGAGUGAUGCAAGGUCUCUCGGUCUAUCUGGACUUGGGCAUUGACGAGUACUACUUUACAUCACUGCCUACGUUCGCUGCCAAGGUAAUAGUGUCUUCAUCACAAAGCUUCCAGGACUCUCUCAACGGAGACACGAUCGAGACUUUGGUUCCUCUAGGCACAGAAGUUUACAUGAGACUAGAAGCCGACUCUACCUUCGCUGACCAAGACGUGAUGGAGUGGCCGUUUGAGAAGCGGAAAUGUCACUUUCAUCACGAGAAAAAGGACCACUUCAAAGGAUUCUACACCUUCCCUUCCUGCCUGGUAUUUGGUCGAGCGAUCCGGUCGGAAACAGCAGGGUUAAUCAAUGUGAUUGUUGGCCGGCCUGUAAUCAAGAUCGGUACUCCUUGCGAACAUGGCAGUCCCAACUAA